GCACGAGCGUUGCGCACUAGCAUGGAGGGUCAGGAAUCAGGAUGGUAUGGCUUCAAUGUCACAUUGUUUUAAUAACAGCCACAUAACAGAGGGACGACUUUAAUUUACUGCCUUUGUAAGGUUUGGAUGUUUAAAGCAGUGUGCCAUAAGCCAGUGACUGCUUAAAGAAUUCCAUCAAGCUGCAUCUCUCUCUCUUCCUGCGUUAUAUUUUGGUCCACCAUGUCCACUCAGAUUUGCAAAGUGUUAAAGCUGCUGACACGCCCUGGCUGUUGCCAUGCCAUCGGAUGUAGAUCCCAUUUGUACCAGGAUGUAUUGAUGGUUGCUGGACCUUUUGGCUUCUGUGUUUUUGGGGUUCCUGUGAUUCAUAGAAGGUCUUACAGCUUGGACUUUCGGUUUUCACAUGCUGGUCAGCCCACAUUUGGUCCAAACACCCAGCAGGUGUGUGCUGAGAGGUUAUCACCCACAUCAGCACUCACGCAGAGGAGCCUCUCUGCUAUUGCCUUACAGGGGCAGUGUCGUCCUUUAUGCCGUUAUGAUUUCCUGGACAUUGGGGAGGUAGAAGAAAACAUGCGCCGCGCUCAAGCCUGUAAAAAAUUGAGACAUUUCAUAGUGGAUCCACACUUAGCAACACUAGUAGCAGAGCAGCUUGAACCUGACCUGCAGGAUCCUAAAACAAUUAUCUUCGAUUGUAGCCCAGGGCCCGGAGUGCUGACGAGGACACUGCUGAAAAAAGGAGCUCAGAGAGUUGUGGCUCUUGAGGGGGAUGCAUCCUUCCUACGGGAUCUCCAGGAAUUGGAGGGGCAUCUUGAUGGUCAGCUGAAAGUGCUUCAUUGUGACUUCUUUAAACUAGACCCUCUUGGCAGUGGAUCGAUCAUGCUUCCUGGCAUCAUGCGUAGUGACAAACUCUUCGAUGAUCUACGCAUAUCAGAAACUAACUGGACAGAUGAUGUUCCUGUAAAGGUGGUGGGCAUCCUGCCUCAACGUCAAGAGCGUAGGUGGCUGCUGAAGAUGAUUUAUGCUUUGUUUGAACAGCAGUCAUUCUACAGAUAUGGAAGAAUUGAGCUCAAUCUCUUCAUCACUGAAAAGGAGUACCUGAAACUGAUGGCGCCUCCUGGUGAAAUGUUUAACUACAGAGCCUUCAGUGUUCUCUGGCAGAUGGCCUGUGAUAUUGAACUGCUGCACAAGGAACCCUUGACAUCUUUUGUCGUGUCUCCAAAGCAGAAAGUAUCUCAUAAAAAGAGCAAGCUUCUUAAUGAUCACUUGUGUUUGGUACGUCUACGUCCGCGGCGGGAUCUAUUUUCUGCUGGCCUCACUCCUUUUAAUGCUUCUGCCCUGCUGAUGAUGGUCAAACAGUGUCUCGUCACCAAGUCAGUCAAGCUUGUUGACAAGCUCAAUUGCUGGGUACCUGAUAGUGGGAGUGAACUGUUGUCAAAGAUGAACUUAAAGGAGGACAUUUUGACAGGACAAAUUUUUCCAGAUGAGUAUCGUCAGCUGUUUUGCCUUAUGGAAAAAAGCGAGGAGUUCAUUGACAGCUGGUUAUAUGAUGAAGUCCUAGAGAACACAGAGAGAAUGGGUUGGUCGUAGAACAGUGAGAUACAGGUUAUGCGUGUAUUGAAAUUCUGCUCAGAUGUCUGCUUGUGUACUGUGCUCAACAACCUCAACAGAGAGAUCUUCAUGAACAUAUAAAAACUAAUUUUAAGUAUGUUUGUUAAUGAAAUUAACAGAACAAAAAAAUAAAAUAAAAUCCUUGCUGCAUAAGAAUUUUGUUCUUGUAAAAAUAAACAUUUUUGGAGUUCUGUAUAAAAUAUUUGAGUGGGUGUACAUUAGGCUGGCCUUCUACAGUAUGCCAAAAAUUGAAGUGACUUUCUUAAGGUGCUUCUUGACAAAGUUGUUCAUCUUGAUGAGA